AUGCUUCAAGCUCUUCUGCUGCUAGCGGCGCUACCGUUGGCUACAUCUUCAUCCGCGCAUGGUAAUCAGCGUCGUGUCAUUCAGCAGCCCGGCCUUAUCCGUUUCCCGAUCACGGUAUCCGAAGCCCCGGCAGGCACGUUUCGUCGCCUUCGCCGGCAAAACAACGUCGAUCUCACGAGCCGGAGCACGGGUUUCUUCUAUACGAUUGACCUUGUCAUUGGAACACCUGGGCAGACGGUUCCCGUAAACUUUGAUACUGGAUCGUGGGAACUAUGGGUCAAUCCGAGUUGUUCAAACACCUCCGAGACAGCAAUCUGCGCGAGCCUCCCCCGAUUCACAGGGUCAACAACACUGGUGGACACGAACCGAACCGGCCAAAUCGCGUAUGGUGCCGGCUAUGCCAAGUUCAAGUACAUGUAUGACUACAUCUCUGUUGGAGGGGCAAAGAUCAACCAGCAAAUCUUUGGCGUGGCAUACGACACGUCGGUCGUUGCAUAUGCUAUCUUGGGCGCUGGCCCUUGGGUGUUGGGCUGGCAGUCUCCUUACCCCCAUGUGCUCGACUCGCUAGUAAGCCAAAAUCAUAUACAGAGCCGCGCCUUCAGCCUUGAUUUGCGGCCUAUCGAGAGCCCCCUCGGGGCGGUCAUCUUUGGCGGCAUCGAUACCAAGAAGUACAUAGGGGCUCUCGAAAAGCGACCCAUUGCCACGGGGCCUGAUGGCAGUGUCCGGUACUGGAUCUACGUUGAUGGACUCUCGGUGACUAGAGAGGACGGGUCUCAGAUCCCGGUAUUCGACCAAAUCAACGGCUUGCUCGCGCUGCUUGACAGCGGCACAACGCUGACACAACUGCCGCGAUCUAUGGUUACGGAGAUUCUGAAGGCGUUUCCCUCUGCCCGGCAGGACCCAAAUGAUGCCAACCAGUAUAUUGUGGACUGCUCGGCGGCCAGUCUCACGGGCACGGUCAAUUUCAAGUUCGGAAACACCGUAAUCAAAGUUCGAUAUGACGACUUUCUGUGGAAACAGCCUCAACACGGGAUAUGUGUGCUGGGAGUGUCGCCAAAUGACUCAUUCUUCGUGCUGGGUGAUACGUUUCUUAGGUCCGCGUAUGCCGUCUACGACAUGGAUAACAGAAAUGUCUACCUCGCUAGUGCUGCUGAUUGCGGGACUCAUCUCGUCCCGAUUGGCAAGGGAACGGAUGCCGACGUCAACCACGGCGUCGCAGGUUCAGUCGACUACAACACGAGACGUCAGGAUUACUUCAUCCUCGAGUUUCUCGUCGCCUACAUCUUUGGCCGCGUCCUCUACAACGGCUGCUACGUCCUUGGCCAGGUCCUUAAUCACAUCAUCAACCACGUCCUCGACCACGUCCUCAACUACACAGCCGACCACAUCAUCAGUUGCAUCAUCAACCACGUCGUCAACUCCGACAUCUGCCACGGAGCUGACUACGGAUGCAACCACACCGUCCACUACGUCGCGGACCCAGUCAACCACAAUUGA